CCGGAAGUUAGGAUUUACGGAAGUAUACAAAGAGGGCGUGAACAGAUCGCUAUACAGCGACGUUGCGUGUUGUUAUGUCACGCCUCAAGACAAUAACCUGUUUCGUCGCGUGCCCCUUUUUGUUUGGACAUUUUUUCUUACUGCGUGGAGUGCUUUAAUUUGACGUUAGGUCUGUCCUCAAACACAUUAUAGUAAACUGUCGGAAGGGAGGCGGUGGUUAUACACGUGACGUCACUCUGCCAGAGGAACGCAGAGGUGUCAAAGGGGUUGAUGAGCAGCAAGACUAGGAAGCGCCACUAUUUCGACACACCUAAAAAUUCACCCGAACUCUUACUAACCUCGCCUAUUAAGUUUUUUCCCUUCCAUCUAAAGGUUUGUUCAAUAUGAUAUUGGUUAAAGUGCUCCUCACGUUUUGCUGCAUUCUCCAUACCUCAGCCUUGUUGCAAGGACCCUUGAACAACUACAUAGGCCAUUAUGAGGGUUUAUCUUACGACACUGAGGCCCUGCACAUGAGGCACCAGAGAGCUAAGCGGGCACUCUCACCUCAAGACGGUACCCUGCACCUGAACUUCCAUUCACACGGCAGACAUUUCAACCUGCAGAUGAAGAGGGACAGAUCAGUGUUUUCUCCAGAUGUUGUCAUGGAGGUGUCAGGAGAGGAGGAACCAAUUGACACGUCACAUAUCUACAGUGGCAAACUCUUGGGUGAAAAUGGGACAUUGAGCCACGGAUCUGUGAUCAACGGGAGAUUCGAGGGCUUCAUUAAAACGCAGCAAGGAAUAUAUUACAUUGAACCCUCAGAAAGGUACUUGGAGAAGAAUGUCCCCUUUCACUCCAUCAUUUAUCAUGAGGAUGACAUUACUUAUCCUCAUAAAUAUGGCUCUGAUGGAGGCUGUGCUGAUCCAUCAGUGUUUGAAAGGAUGAGGACGUACCAGGCAUCUGCGGUCGAGCCGUCUGUCAGAGGUCCAAAUAGUGAUCAUGUCGACGACAGACACUACGGUCCUGUCAUUUUUAGAAGGAAAAGAGCAGUGGCGGAAGAUAAGAAUACCUGCCAGCUCUAUAUUCAGACCGACCACCUUUUCUACAAAUACUAUGGCACUCGAGAAGCUGUCAUUGCACAGAUCUCCAGCCAUGUUCAGGCAAUGAACUCCAUUUACCAGAUCACAGACUUCAAAGGCAUCCGAAAUAUCGGCUUCAUGGUUAAAAGGAUCAGGAUAAACACCACAAAUGACCAGACAGACAAUCCAUUUCGUUUUCCCAACAUUGGAGUAGAGAAGUUUUUGGAGCUCAACUCUGAACAGAACCACGAUGACUACUGCCUGGCCUACGUCUUCACUGACAGGGACUUUGACGAAGGCGUUCUUGGCCUGGCUUGGGUUGCCUCUCCUGCAGGAAGCUCAGGAGGCAUCUGUGAGAAAAACAGACUGUACUCCGAUGGGAAGAGGAAGUCCUUGAACACUGGCAUUAUCACCGUGCAGAACUAUGCCUCGCACGUGCCCCCUAAGGUGUCGCACAUCACCUUCGCCCAUGAGGUCGGACACAGCUUUGGCUCUCCUCAUGACUCUGGGCUCCAGUGCACCCCGGGAGAGUCUUCCAAUCAAGCCCAAAAGGAGAUGGGCAAUUACAUAAUGUAUGCACGAGCCACUUCAGGAGACAAGAUCAACAAUAACAAGUUUUCAAUGUGCAGCAUCGGCAAUAUGAGUGCCGUUCUGGCAGUGAAAAAGAAUGACUGUUUUGUCGUGUCUGGAGAACCUAUCUGUGGUAAUGGACUUGUGGAGGACGAAGAGGAGUGUGACUGCGGCUACAGCGAUCAGUGUACGGACCCAUGUUGCUAUAACGCCAAUGAAGUGGAGGACAAAAGGUGUAAACUCCAACCUGGAAAGAUCUGCAGCCCAAGCCAAGGCCCAUGCUGCACUGAGACGUGCUCUUUUAAGAGCACACUUGAUGCGUGCAGGAAGGAGUCUGAGUGUUCUUUUCAGGGCAUGUGCAGCGGAGCCAGCGCCGACUGUCCUGUUUCUCUCCCAAAGGAAAACUUCACCUCUUGCCACGAGGAGACGCAAGUCUGCGUCAAUGGGGUCUGUUCAGGUUCCAUUUGUGAGAAGUACAAUCUAGAAGAAUGCACAUGUGCGAGAGAGAAUGAAAAGGACGAGCCGGCUGAACUCUGUCAUGUGUGCUGCAUGGAAAAAAUGAACCCAAGCACCUGUAGAAGCUCAGGCUCGGAACAAUGGGCCAAGUUCUUCAACAGAAAGAUCACAAAUCUGCAACCCGGCUCACCGUGCAAUGAUUUCAAGGGCUACUGCGAUGUGUUCAUGAGGUGUCGUCUGGUGGAUGCUGACGGGCCUCUGUCAAGGCUUAAGAAAGCCAUCUUCAAUGCAGAAAUCUAUGAGACCAUUGCAGAGUGGAUAGUGCAUCACUGGUGGGCAGUGGCUCUGAUGGGCAUCACUCUUAUUUUGUUGAUGGCUGGAUUCAUCAAAGUCUGCAGCGUCCACACCCCUAGCAGCAACCCUAAACUGCCUCCUCCAAGGCCACUGCCAGGUACCUUGAGGAGAAGGCAGCACCAUGCCAACCCUGCGCGACGUUAUCGUCCCAGUGGUGAGAACUACCAAAUGGGGCGCAUGGGGCCCUGAGAUUUUUGCUCUGAGCCUACUGCACCCUUCUUGUGCCUACACCGGAAGCACUUGACUCCCAAAGAGUUCCUGUACCUUUACUGCAAGUCUUUAACAGCAGCUGCCACGAUUCCACGUCUCUGAAGUGAUGCAGGGCCAAGCAAGAUACCAUCGCCUUACUAUGCUUUUAAUGUGACUUUUUUUUUUUUUACCUGAGAGAAAGGAGGGAGGAAGCUUGCCUUUCAACGGCCUCACUUCACUAUCAACUAUCCUUUCAACUGUACUUUUUUAUUCUUCCUCGCUGAGCCCGCAGCAGGACUGCAAGUAAAACUCAGCAUUUUACUCCCCAAUCAACACUGACAUGUCUUAUUCCUGCCAAUCACGCUUUUCAAACAUAUCGCCUUUAUUCUUUACGCAUGACUGUACUUUGACUGACGCAAAAUGAAAAUGUUUUUAUUUUUUAUUCUCAUCCCGAACCCUCCAAAAACUACCUAAAAUAAUGAUCCAAUUCAAAUGUAUUUAAAUGCUGAUGUACUCAAAUGUUGAAAUACAACUGAGCUGUAAUUCUUUAGUGUACUACUGGAGUCCACGUACCACUAGUGGUUUUAGCGCCACACUUGGAGAAUCACUGUUGUUCCCCAUCCCGAUUUAAUUAUAUAAAUAUAAUCUUGAGAUGUUCAUCUUGCAUUUUUGAUGUUUUAGUCCACAGCAAAAUUUGGCAACCGUGCUCCAAUACUUUGACAGACGUGUUGGAGUCUUAGAGAUGAUUGUUUAAAAAGCACAUUUUUAAAUGAACAAAUGAUAACUAUUCAUAGGAAAUUACGGGCACUUCCUGACUGGCGCCUGGUCCCCAGAGAAGCUUUCGAUACAUACUCCAUGUUGGUCUCGAAUACGAAUAGCAAAUUGAGAAAGGUUGUGUCUGGAAUGUUAGAUGAGCGUUACGGUGGCGGAUUAAAUGUUGACGUGGCUUUGUUUACAUCAAGCUUUUAUUGUGAUAGACGCGAAUGGUGACAUUUCUUGAUGAACAUUUGUCACCUUUUUUGUGUCCAUUCCUCAGAAGAUUUAUCUCGCAUCCCAGUAGUGGCAAGUAAUUUUAAAUAGAAACCUUCCAUUCAUCCAUCCUUGCUCUGUCUACCCAAGUUACACAAAAAUCUGCCAAUGAAAGAGUUUUAUGUCUCAUGCUGGAGGAAAAGCACUGAUUUAUGUGCAGACCACAAGCUGGCUUCUGGCAGAGCAAACUAAACAUUUUAUUUAGUCCAUUGUUGUGUCACGCACCACUGCAGUUUGUUGUUGUGUGAGGAUUGUUACUGAGCAGUUCAGACAAUGGAAAAGACUCCUUCACUGAAAAGUGCCUUUUUGUUUUCAAUCAAAUGGAUACAAGGAAAAUUGCUAUUUUAUAUUGAUGGGUUGAGGGGUUGUUUUUUUUUUGGUACUUGUAUUGAAUCCAAUUGUAAGUGAAAAUGUUUGAAGCUUUGUUUGUGUUUGUUCCUACACUGGACUUUUGAGUGAAACAUUCUAAAUUGAUAAUUGCAACAUUACCCGCCAAAUGUUCAUGUCCAUUGUGGUUUGUUUGUUGUUUUUUUUGUAUUGUAAUCUUUAUUUCACAUGUUUUGUUUUCUUUGUAUUGUCCGAAUUCCCUUUGAACUACUACAAAAGAUUGCCUUAUGCUGGCCAUUUUUGGCCACCUCACUUCCAUUAAAAAAAACAUUUUAGAUGUGGUAUUGCAAAUGUAAUAAAGCUAUGAAAUUUCCCAACUCCA